AUGAGAUGCAAAAUUAUAGUUGUGGUCGGAAUAGGAGCUUUUGGUACUAACUUGGCGUACAAUGUUUCAAAAGCAGGACUGGACAUGGUAACAAAGCAAUUUGCUCUAGAACUCGGACAAUACCAGACAAGGGUAAACUCAGUCAAUCCUCAGCUUUUAAUGACGCCAAUGAUUAAAAAUCUAAAGGACGGAUUAUUGUUAGAAAAGGAUUUUAUUGCCAGGACACCUAUGGGUAGAAUUGCAAAGGUGGAGGAAAUCGUUGGGCCAAUAAUGUACCUUCUUAGUGACUAUUCAAGUAUGGUUAGUGGCCAGAUGCAUCCAGUUGAUGGGGGGCUUCUGUCCAAUAUAGCAGUUAAAGUAUAA